AUGUUGACGCGCUCGGGGCCCGUGCGCACAGGUCACCACGGGGGCCCCUGGGUGAGCCUGCUGUGGGGGCCCUUGCUGCUGCUGCUGCUGUGCGCGUCGUCAGUCUGUGCAAACUACUCGUCCCAGAGCGGGGAGUGCAGAGGCAAGGGCCGCGACUGCACCGACCUGUCCCAGAGGAAGAGUGACCUCCGUGUGUGCGAUGAGUGGAGCUGUCGUUACGGCGGCGUGUGCAAAGAAGACGGCGGGCAGCUCAAGUGUGUGUGCCACUUCCAGUGUGAUAAGGACUACACUCCUGUGUGCGGCUCUAAUGGAGAUACUUACCAGAACGAGUGUUACAGACGCCAGGCCUCCUGCAAACAGCAAAGACUCAUCAGCAAGUUCUCUGAGGGCCCCUGUAACCACGAGCCGGGCUCGGGUUCUGGAGACUCGGACGACACAGAGGGCUCCUCCUCAGACGGCAGCAGGAAGUUCACCAAGUGCAGCACAUGUAAAUAUGGAGCUGAGUGUGACGAAGACUCCGAGGACGUGUGGUGCAUCUGUAACCUGGACUGCAGCGGUCACAACCAGAACCCGGUUUGUGCCACAGACGGACACUCGUACUUUAACCCAUGUUUGGUGCGAGAGGCGUCAUGUAUGAAGCAGGAGCAGAUAGACGUGCAGCACCUGGGCUUUUGCACAGCCGACAAGGAGAAGACGAGCAGGAAGGACGACAGCAGCCUCUCCAAAAGCCUGGAUGGUGUAGUGGACCCGGGUGAGGGGCCUCGGUCCGGCUCCCCCGGCUCCCCCCUCCCCUGUCCCAACAGCUACGCCGCCUACUGCGUCCAUGGUACCUGUGAGCUGCGGUACAGUAGCCCCGCCUGCAGGUGUGACGCCGGGUACAAAGGGCCCCAGUGCUCAGAGCCGCAGGACUUCAACGUGCUCUACGUUGUCCCCAGUGGUCAGAAGCUGCAUUACGUCCUGAUUGCAGCCAUCAUCGGAGCCGUGCAGAUCGCCAUCAUCGCCGCUGUGGUCCUGUGCAUCACCAGAAAGUGUCCAAAGAACCAGCGAGGUCGCAGACACAAGCAGAACCUGGGCCACUUCCCCUCAGAGUCCAACUCACGCAUGGUAUAA